GAAGCAAAGUAAAAACUAUGAGACGCUUAAGUGUUCUACUAAAAUUUAGGAUUUAAGAUUUUUCUGAAUUACAAAUGAAGACAUAAUCUUGAUUUUAAAUUCCGCAAUGGGGGUUUACAAGUUAUGGGCGUGAACUUCAUCCCGGAAAUAUAAACAAUUUGAAAUUUUGUGGACAUCUUUUUGUAUUUGUCUGAUUCAGUGGGUAUGUUUCAAAAUAUCAGCCUUAUCAAUAUAAUCUGUGUGUAUCCUUCUCCAGCUCAAAGGAGACCCCUUCCUCCUUUCUUUGAAGAAAUAGUCUGUACACAAUACUGAGACUUUUCAAUAAGUUCUCGUGAUGAGAAUACAAAGAUUAAUAAGACGUACUCUCAGCCCUCAAGGAUCUCAUAGUCCAUUUAAAAAUAUGGAACCUUGUUCCUGUGACACUUUCGUGGCAUUACCUCCAGCAGCAAUUGAAAAUAGGAUUAUUUUUGGAAAAAAUUCAGAUAGACUCUGUGAUGAAGUACAAGAGGUAGUUUAUUUUCCUGCUGCAGUUCACGAUAACCUGAGAGGACAUCUUAAGUGUACUUACAUAGAAAUUGAUCAAGUUCCUGAAACUUAUGCUGUUGUUCUCAGUCGCCCAGCUUGGUUAUGGGGAGCAGAAAUGGGAGCCAAUGAACAUGGAGUUUGUAUUGGGAAUGAAGCUGUUUGGGGAAGAGAAGAAGUUUGUGAUGAAGAGGCGCUACUGGGCAUGGACCUUGUCAGACUUGGCCUUGAAAGAGCUGAUACAGCUGAAAAAGCCCUCGAUGUCAUUGUUGAUUUAUUAGAGAAAUAUGGCCAGGGUGGAAAUUGUUCUGAGGGUGGUAUGGCAUUUAGCUAUCACAACAGUUUCCUGAUAGCUGAUAGGAAUGAAGCCUGGAUUCUGGAAACAGCAGGGAAGUACUGGGCAGCAGAAAAAGUACAAGAGGGAGUUCGUAAUAUUUCUAAUCAGCUUUCUAUAACGACCAAGAUUGAUCGGGAGCACCCAGACAUGAGAAACUAUGCUAAGCAGAAAGGUUGGUGGGAUGGUAAAAAGGAGUUUGAUUUUGCGGCAACAUACUCUUACAUUGACACAACCAAGAUGACGAUUUCACCAGGCAGAUACUGUGAAGGCCACAAACUUCUGAAUAAACACAAAGGAAACAUAACUUUUGAAACAAUGAUGGAAAUUCUCCGAGAUAAACCAAGUGGCAUUAAUAUGGAGGGAGAAUUCCUGACCACUGCAAGCAUGGUUUCUAUUUUACCUCAAGACCCCAGCCUUCCUUGUAUUCACUUCUUUACUGGGACUCCUGAUCCUGAGAGAUCUGUUUUUAAGCCUUUCAUAUUUGUGCCAAAUAUUUCACAACUAUUGGACACCAGUUCACCAACAUUUGAACUUGAAGAUCCUGUUAAAAAGAAGCCACAUUUUAAGAUUAAGCCUGACAGAAGACACCCACUCUACCAAGAGCAUCAACAGGCAUUGGAAGUAAUAGAUAAUAAGGAGGAAAAAGCCAAAACAAUGUUGGACAACAUGAGGAAACUGGAGAAAGAACUAUUCAAAGAGAUGGAAUCAAUCCUUCAAAACAAGCAUCUAGAUGUGGAUAAAAUUGUUAAUCUUUUUCCUCAGUGUACUAAAGAUGAAAUUCGAAUUUAUAAGUCAAAUAUUAGUUCAUAACAGUUAUAUAAAUGGUCAGCAGUCUUCCUCAAAGUCAGAAUCAGUCACCUUAGUAAAUGACAUAAACAUAGUGUGAGCAGAUAUUAUUCUUUAGUGUCAUUCAAGUGAUAGCUUACCUAUUAAAACUGCAUAUACUUGCUGAAAUAUAGAGAAAGAAAAUAACAUUGAAAUUAGACACAUACAUCAUGGGAUAGCCAGCUGUUACAUCAGGUACUGACCUGUGUUGUUGUUUUUUUGUAGCUACAAUAACUUUUUACAAAUCACAUAUUUAAUUCUGCAUAAAGCAUGAAACACUAAAAUAAUGCAUGGAUUUAUGUUUAUUAUAAUUAUAUAUUGCCCUCUCAAUUACCAGAAAGAAAAUAUUUCUUUAGUAAUGAAAAAUAUUGUGUCACAUAGUGAGUUUUUUUGUGCUUUAGGCAACUAUUAACGAGCUCUAACUAAGUGUUCAGAUUUACAUAUUAAGUCUUAUUAUAGUGUAUUCAUUCUGCAAAUGUACUUUUAUUAAACUCAAAUAUGCUCUAUGUCAAGACUUGGAUGGCCAGUGGGGCCUUUAGCUCUAAUUAUCUAGCAUUUUUUUGGCCAUACCCCUUUGUAGGCUUUUAUGUUAAUAUUUUUAGAAGAGCUUGUCUGGGAAAUUAGGAAAUGGGAUAGGGAACCAAGACCUUAGGAGAUACCAUUCCUGUGUCUCAAAUUUCUCUCAUCUUUUACUUCUGUUCACUUAGUGAAAACAGGAAUAGGAAGGAGAUAGUAAGAAUGAAAUAGAAUUAUUAGUGUAUUAUGAACAUUAAGAACAUUUUAAUGUAUAAUGUAUCGUGAACAUUAAAAAUGAAUAAUAAUUUCUGCUCAAAGUUUAUAAAACUUUGUUAAAUUAUAUUGAGAUUACCAAGAAAGACUCAAAGUUGCAAAUAUAAACAAAAGAAAAAUCCAACUCAAAAUAACAUAUAUAUUUAUUGGUUUCUAGAAAUGUCCAUGUUAGGUAUUUGAUUACAUCAUAUUUAUUAGUCACUAUCAUUGCAACUAGGAUUAUUACUAAAGUAGUGGAUAUAUUUUAAAAGUACCCAGGAAAUUGUUUUUUUAAAGUUCUCUCAUAAAAACCAUAAUCUUCCUGAUUUUGCUCUUGUUUAAUACAGGGCUGCCAUUAAAAAAAGAAAAGAUA